AUGGACCCGGCGACGGCUAGAUUAGCAUUGAAGAUUCAGCUCGACGAUGUCGACACCAUUCUCAAGACCCUGACCCCAUCGAGCCACGAUGCUAACACUAAUGAUGAGAAAGCAGCUUUCGAGGCACUUCGCAGCGAGCUAGUCAAAACGAGGAACGAAGUUCACGGCCAAGUAUACGCAUAUAACAUACUGAAGGAAGAGAAUGCCAAUCGCACAGCGUUCAAGCGACUCUUGACUGAAGAGCAACAGGCUGAACGUGAUCAUGAGAUGGCCUGUAGACUCGCCGGUAAGCCGGUGCCUCAGCGUCCUGCAGUGUUGAACAAGCGACCUGGAGAUGAAGAGGCUGCAGCGGAUCAGAGGGCCGAGGCAGUCAAUGGUACAUCAACAGGUAGUAAAGAGCUAUGUGUCAGUCUCGACGGCAGUCAGACAGCAGGCCCGCAACUUCAGCCACAGACUUUGAGAAAGCGCCCUAUCGAAGAGCAACUGGUGUCAGAGCAGAAUAAUGGCGCGAGCAAGAAAGCCCACAUCGACGAUGAAGCCGACGAGACGACAGCACCCCAACCUCGACCCCGACCUGCUACGCCGAACAAGCGUACCGCCUUCCUAGAUCCUGCCGUGCUUAGAGAGAUCGAGGAUGGCAGAACCAAGCGAGCGAGGCGUGAGGAACCGGUCGACUGGCCCCGGCUUGGUCUUGAUGGUGUUGUCACCACGGCACCGGCUACAGUCGACCCGUCUAGUAUCGACAAAGGCAAAGGCAAAGCGGAUCCUGCCACACAGGGUACCUGCUCCUCGUGUCUUGACAUGCAUCCCACAUACAACAUGCUCCAGCUACCGUGCAAGGAGGACGGUGAAAUGGAGCCGCAUGCCUACUGCCGCGAAUGCAUUCGACGACUGUUCGAAUCAUCAGUUACCGAUCCCUCCCACUUUCCGCCGCGCUGCUGCUCGAAGAUCAUCCCGUUGCUCAGUUGCACGCCCUUCCUGCCACGGGAUCUCAUCGCUCGGUUUAUGGCCAGGCGCGAAGAGCUCGAGACCGCGAACCGCACGUACUGUAGCAACACAGGGUGCUCAAAGUGGGUACGGCCUGUCGAUGUCGUAGGAGGCGUGGCGACAUGUUCAGUCUGCACCCAUAAGACGUGUGCAACGUGUAAGGGCAAGCAACAUGACGGGCUCUGCCCCGAGGACAAGGACGUCAAAGAGCUCAUGAGCGUUGCCCAGCAGAAGCGCUGGCAGACAUGUCCUAAUUGCAAGGAGAUGGUGGAGCUUGAGCAAGGCUGCUACCACAUCACGUACGUCGUCAGAUAA